CCGCCCGGACGUCGAAGCUCGGCGCGGAGCCCCACGACGGACACGGGCGCAGCCAGUCCGACUCCCGCGACGCGCUCGUCGCCACCCCGGGGGUGCCGGGAGGUCGGCAGGACGAGCCGUCGGCCCCGGGGAGACGGAGGCCGGAGCACGCUUAGCGAAGCCGGGCUCGGACUUGGCUCUUGCGCCCCUAGGAGCGCGAGAGCCGGACCGGGAGGGAGUGGGGUGCGCACUGCGGAAGGGCCAAGGGGCCAGACCUCCCUUCCCCGGGGGCCGCGGUUCGCCAGGACCACCGCGCCCCACCGGCUCCCGUGCUGCGCAAGGAGACCCAGCUCCCACCUGGAGCGCAAUCCCGCCGGGAGACCGCAGGCUGCCCACCAUGUCCACCCUGCUGGAGAUCAAGAGCAGUGUGCUCAGGCAGGUACAGGUGUGCCCUUCCUUCCGCCGGAGGACCGAGGGGGAGCCGGGGAGCAGCAGCGCUGAAGCGCAGGAGCCCACCACCGGGGCCUGGAAACCGGGAGAUGGCGUGGAGUUCUUUGCCCAGAUGCGCCUCAUCCUGAAGAAGGGGGAAGGCCGACAGGGCCUGCCGGGCCCCGAGGUCCUCUUGCGCAGCAGCUCACCAGCCCCCGCAGAGCCCGUGGACCCCAGCCGUGGCCUAAGAGCCCUGACCCAGGAAGAGGUGGAGCUGCUCUACGAGGAAGCCUUGUACACGGUCCUUUACCGCGCAGGGACCAUGGGCCCCGACCAGGUGGAUGACCAGGAGGUCCUCCUGAGCUACCUUCAACAGGUGUUCGGCACCAGCCCCGAGGAGCAUGCCGAGGCCGUGGAGCGCGUGCGGAAGGCCAAGGCCCCCACCUACGCCCUGAAAGUCUCCGUCAUGCGUGCCAAGAACCUGCUGGCCAAAGACCCCAACGGCUUCAGUGACCCGUACUGCAUGCUGGGCAUCCUGCCGGCCUCGGACACCCUGCGGGAGGCGGGUGCACACAAGGAGCAGCGUUUCAGCUUCCGCAAGGGCAGCAAGCGGGGGGGCCCGCUGCCAGCCAAAUGCAUCCAGGUCACCGAGGUCAAGAGCAGCACCCUGAACCCUGUGUGGAAGGAGCACUUCCUCUUUGAGAUCGAGGAUGUCAACCUGGACCAGCUGCACCUGGACAUCUGGGAUCACGACGAUGACGUGUCCCUAGUGGAAGCGUGCAGGAAGCUGAAUGAAGUCAUUGGGCUGAAGGGGAUGAGCAGGUAUUUCAAACAGAUUGUCAAGUCCGCCCGCGCAAAUGGAACAGCAGGGCCCACGGACGACCACACGGAUGACUUCCUGGGGUGCCUCAACAUACCUGUCCGGGAGGUGCCGGUGGCUGGUGAGGACCGCUGGUUCAAACUGGAGCCGCGCUCCAGUGCCUCCCGCGUGCAGGGAGACUGCCAGCUGGUCCUCAAGCUGAUCACCACACAGAGGGACACGAGCAUGAGCCAGCGCGGGCGGUCGGGCUUCCAGUCCUACUUGCUGCUGCUCAGCCGACUGCUGCAGUUCGAGCACCGAACUGAGGAGCCCAACUCGAGCAGCUGGCGCGGCGAGCUCAGCGGACCUGCGGCCACGGUCCUCUGCCUGCACGGCGCACAGAGCAACCUGUCGGCGCUGCAGCUGGCGGUGCUGCACUGGCAGGUCAGCAGCCGCCACCAUCAGACCCGCACCCUGGACUACGGCUAUCUGCUGGGGCUGCUGGAGGACAUGCAGGCGCACUGGGAGGAGGCGGCCUCCCUACCCCAGGAGCAGGAGGAAGGCCUGGCUGACAGCUUCUCUGCCUUCUCUGAGUUUGGGCUUCAGCUGCUGCGCCAGCUCCGAAGUUACUUCCCGGCCACCAACAGCACAGCCGUCUACCGUCUAGAGCUGCUGCUGAAGUGUCUCGGCAAGCUGCAGCUUUUCCGGCCUGCCUUUGAGAUCUGCCCCUUUGAGACGGAGCUAAACAUGGACAUUGCCGCUGCCCUGAAGAGAGGCAACCGUGAGUGGUACGAGGAGCUCCUGAACACCUUGAGUCCUCGUGAGCAGCCGGGGCCACAGCGCCUUGCCGGGCUGGUCAAGCUGGCCGACACUGUCUACGAGGACCUGCAGUCCUGCUACGGCAUCUACGCCAGCCUCUUCCACAGCAUCAUCCGGGUCGACGUCUUCACCCUCACCUUCCGGCAGCUGGAGCGUCUGGUGGCUGAAGAGGCGUGGGUGCUGACGGAGGAGCUGGGCCCCAAGAUGAGCCUCGAGGUGGCCUCGGGGCUCUUUGAGCUCUACCUGACCCUGGCAGACAUCCAGCGCUUCUGGAGCAGCAUCCCAGGCCGGGACAGCCGCUCCCUGGCCCUGGCUGGCAUCCACGCCCCAUUCCUGCCCGCCGUGAAGCUUUGGCUGCAGGUGCUGCGGGAUCAAGCCAAGUGGAGGCUGCAGGGAGCUGUGGAUGUGGACACGCUGGAGCCCAUGGACGCCUCCUCCAAGCACAGCAGCUCCGCAGCCACUGCCAGUCUCUGUUUCAGCCACAUCCAGGAGCUGUGGGCCCACCUGGCAUGGCCGGACCCUGCCCAAGCCCAGGCGCUGGGCACCCAACUCAGUCAGGACCUGUGUGAAGCUGCUGUCUUCUACAGUGAGCUGCUGCGGAAGAAGGUGGACAUGCAGCCCGGGGCCGCGGGCGAGGCAGUGAGCGAGCCACUCUGCACGGUCCUCAACGACGUGGAGCUUCUGCGCAAGACGGCCGGCCAGGCGCUGCGAGGCUUGGUGUGGCCGGAGGGGGCGGCGGGGUCCGACGGCGUGCUCCCGCGGCCUCUGCUCAGCUGCACGCAGGCCCUGGAGGAGGACCUGCAGCGCGAGGCCCGCACCGUGACGGCACACCUGACCUCCAAGAUGGUGAGCGACAUCAGGAAGUAUGUGCAGCAUGUCAGCCUGUCCCCCGAUUCCAUCCAGAACGAUGAGGCCGUGGCCCCGCUCUUGAAGUACCUGGAUGAGAAGCUGGCUCUGCUGAACGCCUCCCUGGUGAAGGAGAACCUGAGCAGGGUGCUGGAGGCGCUCUGGGAGCUGCUCCUGCAGGCCAUUCUGCAGGCCCUGGGCGCAAACCGAGACGUGUCUGCUGACUUCUACGGGCGCUUCCACUUCACCCUGGAGGCCCUGGUCAAUUUUUUCCACGCUGAGGGCCAGGGUUUGCCCCUGGAGAGCCUGAGGGACGGAAGCUAUAAGAGGCUGGAGGAGGAGCUGCGGCUGCACCAGUGCUCCACUCGGGAGUGCAUCGAGCAGUACUACCUGGACAAGCUCAAGCAGAGGUCCCUGGAGCACAACCGGUUUGGGCGCCUGAGCGUCCGCUGCCACUACGAGGCGGCCGAGCAGCGGCUGGCGGUGGAGGUGCUGCACGCUGCUGACCUGCUCCCCCUGGACGCCAACGGCCUGAGCGACCCCUUUGUGAUCGUGGAGCUGGGCCCGCCGCACCUCUUCCCGCUGGUCCGCAGCCAGAGGACCCAGGUCAAGAGCCGGACGCUGCACCCCGUGUACGACGAGCUCUUCCACUUCUCCGUGCCAGCAGAGGCGUGCCGCCGCCGCGGCGCCUGCGUGCUCUUCACUGUCAUGGACCACGACUGGCUGUCCACCAACGACUUCGCAGGGGAGGCGGCCCUGGGCCUGGGCAGCGUCGGGGGCGUCGCCAGGCCCCUGGUGGGCGGGAGCGCGAGGGCGGGGCAGCCAGUCACCCUGCACCUGCGCAGGCCCAGAGCCCAGGUGAGGUCUGCGCUUAGAAUGCUGGAGGGCCGCACCAACAAAGAGGCGCAGGAGUUUGUCAAGAGACUCAAGGAGCUGGAGAAGUACAUGGAGGCAGACCCCUGAGUCCCUGGGCCGUGGGCCAGGCCCUCCCCAGGCCCCCGUGGUCAGCUGUGUGCAGCCAGGGCUUGUGCGGCCCCUCCCGUUUCACGUGUGCAUGCUGUGACCGACUCCCUGGCUCCCAUCUGCCCUGGCGAUGUCCGUGUGGUGUGUGCUGUGAACCCUCUGUGCCCGGUAAGCCCCACCCCACUGGAUCUGGGCGGCGGCCUCAGCGGGGCCCACCAGCAGCUGCCCCUUAGGAGCAGAGAGCACAGGCCUGGCCACCAGGUGAGCUGCCCCACCUUCCUCUGGUUCCACCCCCACAGGGCCACAGGGCACCAGUCUCAGGGAAGGGUUCUCAGGGGGGCGGCCCUGCCCUCUGGGGACAUUAGGCGGUACCAGCCACAACCUGGGAGUGGGUGAAGGCAGAGGCCAGGGAUGUUGCUUGACAGCCUGCCGUGAACACCCCCCAGAUGUCACCCGUGCCCACGGGGGAAAGCCCUGUCCUAGAAGCAGCUCUGGCCUCUGUCUGUCUGGGUCCAGGGCAAGGCCUCAUUAGGUGGAGAGGCAGGCAGCCUGGGUUUUCAAUUUGGAUAGCCCAGGCUUUGAAGGAGUGUGUGACCAUCAGCAGUGUCCCCAUCCUCUUUGGGGACCCUCCACCCCAGGGGGCAUGUGGAGGGGGAUGUUCUUGAGAGCUCCACAGGCCCCCAGACCCUACCCAGCUCACAGGCCCAGGAGAGGGUCCCCUGGGGUCACCAUGGGAGGCUGGGGGGGGCGGUCAGUGUAAGGGGCUCCAUGCCAACUGUCUGGUGUAAGCACAGACCCCAGCCCCAUGCCCAGGCCGCUGGCAGGCAAGGUCUGCCUUACUGGAGGCUGAGGGCCCACCCAAAUCCCCAGGGCAAGUGCAGCAAAGCAGAGGCACACACGGGAGUCUCCUUGGCUUACAGCUUCAUUGGGAGGUCUCUGCGGCAGGACCCAGAGCAAGAUUGUGUGAGAAGCGCUGGGAGAACAAACAAGAGUCCGGUCCUCUGACAGCUGCAAGGGGCUGAGGCUGCCAGGCCCGUGUGUGUGUUCCCACAAGUCCCGCUGUCAUCUCUAGAGCUUCUUGUCACUCGGCCUCCAAAAAUAUAUAUGUCUGCAGCUUUCA